AUGCAAGCCGAGCUUCGACUGUCAACGUACUGGAUGGGAUGGGCGACGGAGGUGCGGCUGCAAGUGAGGAUACCCGGGCCAGUGAAGCUAGAACCUAAGGAAUGCUUGUACUCGCUCGAAGUCGUGCUGGCUAUAGCCCAGGGCUGUCAGAAACGUGCGAGGACAGGGUGGGAGACCUUGCUACCGCGUAGCCAGGGAAAGCCGAGGCCAUCAAACGUGAAAUUUCUGCGGCGUCAUCGAAGGAAAACGCCACACAUCUCGAGCUGCAUCUUUCCCAAAACGCAGAUCUCGGUCGUGAGCUCCUUUGCUAUCUGCUUGCUGGUAUACAGCAAAAUGAGAGUGCGCGUCAGAGGUUCCUCCAAUCUCUCGUGCUCAUCUGCCUUACGAGCACCACGGACCACGAAAGCUUGA